ACCCAUAUGUCAAGAUAUAUCUGCUCCACAAAGGGACCAGGCAGGCCAAAUGGAAGUCAACUAUAAAGAAGAAGACACUAGUCCCUAUUUAUAAUGAACAGUUCCAAUUUGAUGUAACUGACAUGAACAUCAGCUUCAUACUACUUGAGGUCUCAGUCAUGGAUUAUGAUCGUCUUGGCCGUAACGACCUGAUGGGGUUCUUCACAUUAGGAGAAGGAGCUAACCAUCCCUCGGGUAGACAGCACUGGCAGGAGAUGGUCUCUCACCCGAGGAACCCGAUCAGUCGCUGGCACGCACUAGGGGCUAAGAACACCAACUCUUUGAGGAGAGGGUCCUCUGGAAUAACUGGUUCAAAGUCAUCAGGAUCCUUAUCUUCAUCGUAA